AUGGAUUAUUUAUUCUUCGCAAAAGAAUACAAAAAAAUAUUUCCACAAGCCUCUCCUGACGAUGUUACUAAGGCUUACGAAGCUAGUCAAAAAUGUGUCAAAUUAGAAAAUAAAGAAAAUAAGGGGACAUCUGACGAUCUAUAUAUAUUUAACUCUAAACUUUUUCUUGAUUAUGGAAGGCUGUUUGAGGUCAUUAAAGGUGGGCGUUCACUAGGUCAACCUCCAAUUCUCAUUGGUUCCAGACCACCACCGCUUGAUACGUUGUGGAAUCGCAUUUAUAAAGAUGGGUAUAUGGUAGUCAUUCUUGAUCGGAAUAUUACAAAUCGUGAGAAAGGUGUUGAUAACGUUGUUGGGCUCUAUAUUGAUGAGGUAGCCCUGGAACGAAACUGGAAUUUAGAAAUAUGGUCCUGGAGAAGAGGCGUAUCAUUUAAUGACAAUAAUCAUUUUCCAGGAGUGUCUCACAAUGUAUUGCCACCAAAUCUUAAUACUACUUUUAUACCUAUUGAUAAUCUUUACAAGAUUUUUACAUGGUGUUAUGAAAAAGAUAAGACUGGAGAAAUGAGAGUCCUUAGGAUUACUGACGAAGAUGCAAUCCGUAACUGGAGCAACGAUGACGUAAUGGAGUGCUUUGUUAAUUUAAAUUUAUUUGGUUGGUGGCAUCGUGAAUACCCGGGGUCCUUGCUUUUAUAUUUUCGAAAUGAGUAUGAUAAGCGAAGUGCACAGGCAUGGUUGAAUAAGAAUCACUCUGAAAUUUGGAUUGGGGAAGUAGUAACCAGAAGACGAAAUAGAAGAUAG